AUGCUCGCCCUCGAGCAUUCUCGUCGUCAACAAUUUGACCCAGCAUACGACUUUGAGCAAAGCAUCCAAGCUCCCUUCCCCGGCUUGACCAUGGACACCUACGACUCGACUGAGCCCAUGAUCAACUUCCACCCUCUCCCAUACUCGUUCUUCGACAACCCGUCCAUGUUUGCGACAGCUCCCAUGCAGUCGCUCAAGCAAGAGAUGCCGCCUUUCCAGGAACUACCGCCGGCUCUGAUUUCGUCGGGUUCCGCACCGUCGAUCGCCAGCGCUUCAUCCUCUACUGUCGGUUCUCCAUACUCGGGCCCCUCCCACACAGUCUCAAGUCAAGAUGGCUUUGAUCGAUCCUUUGGUCUGGGUGUCAUGCCAGCUAUCGUCAAUCACGAGGCCUUUUCGCAAGAUAUCCUGGGAACUUCCAUGGAAGCUGAGCUGUCAUUGGGGAGCCAUGAGAAGCUCCCCGACAGUUUUGUGGAUCCAUCCUUGAUUCACGCUUCCAGACCGUAUGGCGACACAGUGUUCGCCGAACACGGAGUUUUCGCACCAAGCUUGCACUCUUUCACCACCACCUCUCCUUCCGGCUCACCAGCUCCAUCACCUCAGCCAUACAACGUUUAUCCUCCAGCCCAAUUUUCCGAACCCCUCACCAACACCAACUACUAUCAACAACCGCAUUACAUGAGCCGGCGGCCUUCUCUAGCUUCUUAUGUAUCCGGAGUUUCACACCCAAGCCCCACGUCAGAAAUCGAUGAUGACGGGCGGGACAAGGGCCGAUGCCCACAUCCUGAGUGCGGCAAGGUCUUCAAAGACCUGAAGGCUCAUAUGUUGACCCACCAAGCCGAACGGCCAGAGAAGUGCCCGAUCCUGACCUGCGAAUACAACCAGAAAGGAUUCGCUCGCAAAUACGACAAGAAUCGACACACCUUGACCCAUUAUAAAGGGACCAUGGUGUGUGGAUUCUGCCCUGGAUCUGGCUCCCCGGCCGAAAAGAGCUUCAACCGAGCCGAUGUCUUCAAGCGCCACCUGACAUCUGUCCAUGGCGUCGAGCAGACACCUCCCAACAGCCGAAAGCGCAGCCCAUCCGCAAACAACCGAAAACUCUCCAGUUACUGCCAGGAUGCUACAGGCAAAUGCUCUACAUGCUCAGCUACCUUCAACAAUGCUCAAGACUUUUAUGAGCAUCUUGACGAUUGCGUGCUGCGCGUUGUGCAACAAGAGGAGCCUUCCGAGGCGGUCAAUGUCCAGCAUCUCUCGCAGAUCAGCGUCGACAAAGAGGUUCAAGAAACCCUGGACCGUCACAUGAUCAAGACGGAGGAUGCUCCAACCAGCUUCGAUGAUGAAGACGAUGAGGACGAGGAAGAUGACGAUGAAGAUGACGAGGAUGAUGAUCCGUCCUUUAACAGUCGAUCUGGCAAAGGCGCACUCAAAUCCAACAAAGCCUCUGCCUCGUCGCGAGCAAUCAUCGGCGGCGGUAUUUCCAAACCUGGCAAGUCUUCAAAGAAAGGCAUGACCUGGUCCAAAGGCGGAGUGGCUCUUGUCGGCAAGGGCCGCAAGAAGCGAAGGCACUAUCCCCCGUCAUGGGGCAUGGCCGCCGAGAAGAUGCGCAUGAAGAAGCGCGUGCUUUGUGUCUACGACGGUCAGCGACGCCUGUGGAAAGAUGACAUGAUGCUUCACAACGAAUUCGAGGUUCGGAUGACUCUGCCCGACGGUAAGAGCUAUGUUACCGACCUCGAUGUCGAGACUCUCAAGCGAGCUGAGGCCUUCCACAACGCCACAGCUGAAGAGAGGGGCCCCUGGAUUCCGACCACAGAGGAUGAGAGUCAAGGUUUUGACCUCAAUGCUCUCAUGGCCUAA